AUGGUAAGUGUGGAGGAGCUUCGAAAGGCACAAAGGGCAGAUGGGCCAGCAACGGUGCUAGCCAUAGGGACGGCAAACCCACCCAACGUGGUGGAGCAAGCCCACUUUCCCGACUUCUAUUUCAACAUCACCAACCUCCAAGACUUAUACCUUAAAGACAAAUUCUCUCGCAUAUGCGCCAAGUCAGGGAUCAAGAAGCGCCACCUCUUUCUCACUGAGGAGAGGCUGAGCGCCAACCCAAGCCUCUGCUCCUACAUGGCCCCCUCCCUCGACGCACGACAAGAGCUUGUGCUUGAGGAGAUCCCUCGCCUCGGUAAAGAGGCAGCCCUAUGUGCCAUCAAGGAGUGGGGACAGCCUGUGUCUGGCAUCACCCACCUCGUCUUCUGCACCACCAGUUGCAUCGACAUGCCAGGUGCUGACCUACGCCUUGCGAACCUCCUCAAUCUCUCCCCUUGUGUCAACCGCGUCAUGCUCUAUCUGCAAGGUUGCUUUGCAGGGGCCACUGCCUUACGCAUCGCAAAGGACCUUGCCGAGAACAACCACAAUGCUCGUGUCUUGGUCGUCUGUUCAGAGAUGAUCCCAAUUUUCUUUAGGGGGGUCCACGCAUCCCAUCUAGAGAGCCUCGUGGGCCCUGCACUCUUUGGAGAUGGCGCGGCUGCCGUGAUCAUCGGUUCCGACCCCUUGACUACAGAACGAGCGCUCUACCAGCUCGCUUGGGCCGGCCAGAGCAUCGUGCCGGACAGUACACAUGCGCUAGCAGGCCACCUCCGUGAGGUGGGCCUGACCUUCACGCUGAGCAAGGAGCUACCCAUGUUGCUCACUAAGAGCGUCAAAGACUGCUUGAGCCACGCACUGGAGCCACUAGGCAUCACAGAUUGGAAUUCUAUAUUCUAUGCCGCACACCCCGGUGGACCACUGGUCAUGGACAAGAUGGAGAAUGAGCUCGGGUUGAAGCCCGAGAAGCUUCGGGCCACACGUCAUGUGUUGGAGGAGUAUGGGAACAUGUCAAGCCCAAGUGUUCUCUUCGUGCUUGACGAGAUGCGGAAGUGGUCUGCAGAACAAGGGGCCGCCACGACCGGAGAAGGGCUCGAGUGGGGCGUGCUCUUUGGGUUUGGGCCCGGGCUCACCAUCGAGACUGUUGUGAUCCGUAGCAUGCCUACAUAGACACAUCAGUCCCUUCAUACUUUUCAUGCCAUGCACUACGCAACCGUUGUCAGUGCGUUAUUGUAACACUGUUUCUUUUUCCCCUUUCUUUUUCUAGGUAAGUUAUUUAGGUGCCAUAAGGCAUGUGUGUGCCAUGUGUAUCUCUAUUAUUAUUCACGGA